AUGGCGGAUGACGCCGACGCCGCAUCAGGCAUUGGAGGGCCGACCGUCGGGGCUAUCAAGGCGAACGACAGGCUGCUGCCCGAGGAGUUGGUGGCGGCGCCCAUCGGGCUCAAGGGGCUGCUGGCGCAGGUCUACAUAUCGCUGAAGCGGCGCGCCUUCGUACAGCUGCUUGGCCGCCACUGGCGGGCCAAGGCGCGCUGGAAGCGCUCACGCCGCGAGGCCGCUGCCCUCGCCGCAGCAAGGGCCGUCGUCAGCGGGGACGGCAGCAUCGGCGGCGCCGCCGCGGCCGCCGCCGCCGCCGCUGCGGGGGCGGACUCCGCCGGGGCGCUGCAGCUGCCGGCGGCCCCGGCGCUGCCUGUGUUCCGCGCGGCAGGCACUCUGGGGGAGCUUCUGGCGCUCAUGCGGCAGGCCACCGCCGAGCUUCCUUUCUACCAGUGA